CGGACAUGCUGCUGCGGAAGGUGGAGCUACACCCUGGUCUACUACGAUCAUGAUUUUUCACAUGGCUUUGCGCUCCAGUCCGAUAUUACGGAAAACAAAUCUAGCCGUGUGGAGAGCAUGGAGGUCUUGGAAGUUAAGCCUGCACUCUUCUGCAGUUUGUGCAUCCUCUGGUCCUGGUCCCCUGGACAGAUCUGAAGAGCUGUCUUCAACAGAGAAGCUUCCUCACACACCUGUCAUGCUCAAAGAAGUGCUCCAUUACCUAGACAUCCAGCCAGGUCAGGUGGUCCUGGACAUGACAUUUGGAGGUGGUGGUCAUACCAAAGCGAUGCUGAAUAUGGUUCCUGAAGUCACAGUCCUGGCUCUAGACCGAGAUCCUGCUGCCAUUUCUCUGGCCCAGCUCUUAGCCAAGGAACACUCUGGCCGUGUGAAACCAUUGCUUGGCCGAUUCAGCGAGCUCGACGCCCUGCUGUCCAACAUGAACAUUAAGCCAGGCAGCAUUGAUGCUGUCCUGUUGGAUGCUGGCUGCUCCUCCAUGCAGAUGGAUCAGGCGGAGAGAGGCUUCGCCCUCAGCAAGGAUGGGCCUUUGGAUAUGAGAAUGGAUGGAGAGAGGUACCCCGACAUGCCCUGCGCUGCUGACGUUGUGAAUACCUUAGAUCAACAGGCUCUUGCAUCCAUCCUCACUGCAUAUGGGGAAGAAAGACACGCCAGGAAAAUAGCUUCAGCCAUUGUGGAGGCACGCCGUGUCAACCCCAUCACCCGGACACAGCAGCUGGCCAGCGUGGUGGCAGGAUCGUUUCCUGCAGCUGUUCUCUAUGCACGUAAGGACCGACUCCACCGACCUGCACAUGUGGCCACUAAGACUUUCCAGGCUCUGCGUAUCUUUGUGAACGAUGAGCUGAACGAGCUACACGCAGGCCUGCGUGCUGCUCAGGCAGCACUGACACCUGGAGGACGUCUCUGCGUGAUCACCUUUCAUUCACUAGAAGAUAGACUGGUCAAACGUUUCCUCCAGGGAGACGACUUGUCCAAUCUAGAUCAGUAUCACUUCAGCCCGAGGAAACAAGGCAACCGAAAGGAAAAACUGAUGGUUGAAAAACAAGACGGUGGAAGUGUUUAUUGGCUUCCUGUGCGAAAAAAGGUGGUCACCCCAGAAAAGGACGACGUACAAGACAAUCCUCGAGGACGCUCCGCCAAACUGAGGGUGGCAAUGAGACGUUAAACAGAAAUUCUUUAUUUUUGCUUACAUAUUUGAGUUUUACAACUAAAACUUAGUACAUCCAAAUAUAUUUUUUGUAAAAAGCUUAUAUGUGGACCAUUUAUUCUUUUUCACCGUGCAGAGAUGCCUUCUUUUGACUUCUUGCUGGACAACGCAGGUCAGCCAAGCAGUUGGGACAGAUUUAAGUGCAACACCAUUGAGGGUAGGAUGGCUCACAAUGAGCUGUCUCUACAUCCAGACAGGCUCCAUUCAUUUAACAGUUUGCACUCCAGGUCUGAGUGUUGUUUUCAGCUGGUUUUCUUAUUUGAAUUUGCACCACCAUUCAUCUGCCAAUCAAAUCAAUACACAUUGCUGUGAGCACCUUGAGUGUGAAUGAGCCGACUACGCCAAGGCAGCUGGCCGCGUCAUCAGAUAGGAACACCUUUCAGUGCCAGACAUUCAACAAUAUUUCCCUUCUGAAAUCUGACAAGGGUUUUACAUUACUGUACAGUGUAAGGCCGCGAUCACACAGAAAGCGUUUUGAAGGUUGCAAAACAUGAGGCGCGUUGCACUGCCUUUUUUUAAAAAGAA